AUGACUCCUCCAUUUCUGCUUCAUUCAUUUCUGAAAGAAAAAACUUCUUUUUAUUCUAAACUUUUCAUCUUAUUCCUUAAAUUUCUAUUUCAAUUCAUUUUGUUCAUCUUUUCUUUUUUCUUUUUUUUGAUAUCAUUCGUUUUCCUAAAUCACGUCUUUCUAAAUCUUAUUCUUCUUCCUAAACAUUCUCCUUCAUUCUUCUUUCUAAAUCAUCUUUUUCUCCUUCUUAAAUCAUUCUUCCUAUUUUUCUUUCUAAUCAUUCUUCUUCCAUUCUUCUUCCUAAUCAUUCUUCCUAAGUCAUUCUUCUUCCUAAGUCAUUCUCCUUCUAAAUCAUUUCUUCAUUCUUGCCCAUCAUUCUUAAAUCAUUCUUCUUCUAAUCAUUCUCAUCUAAAUCAUUCUUUUCUAAUCAUUCAUAAAUCAUUCUUUCUAAAUCUUAAAUCAUUCUUCUUCCUAAUUCUUCAUUCUAUUAAAUCAUUCUUCUUCCUUAAAUCAUUCUCCUAUCUAAAAUUCUUCUUCUUUUCAUUCUUCCUAAUCAUUCUUCUUUCUAAAUCAUUCUUCUUCCUAAAAGUCAUUCUCCUUCUUAAAUCAUUCUCCUAUCUAAAUCAUUUCUUCUUCCUAAGUCAUUCUUCUUUCUUAAAUCAUUCUUCAUUUCUAAAUCAUUCUUCCUAUCUAAAUCAUUCUCCUAUCAUUCUUCUUUCUAAAUCAUCAUUCUUCUUCCUAAGUCAUUCUUCUUUCAUUCUUCUUCCUAAAUCAUUCUUCUUCCUUAAUCAUUCUUCUUUCCAAAUCAUUCUCCCAUCUAAAUCAUUCUUCUUCUUCCUAAAUCAUUCUUCCCUUUCUAAAUCAUUCUUCUUCCUAAGUCAUUCUUCUUCUAAAUCAUUCUUCUUCCUAAGUCAUUCUCCUUCUUAA